AUGGGUAAACUAGGAUCUCAAGUAGACUCUGACUUCUAUUCUGAUGAAGAGGAAGAGGAUGCUAAAGUAUUUCCUUUUAAAGCCAAAGCUUUUACUUUUAAAUCAGAUGAACAAGAGAAUGAUAUUUCAGAUGAGGAUGAUAUGAAAGAUAACUUUGAUCGCGAAGUUGAGAAAGGAUUCGAAGAUAACAAUAAUGAUAGCGAAGACGACGAUGUGCUAUCCACUGAAGAAUAUGACGAAGAUUUGAGUUUGAAUGAGAGCAAUUUGUUAGUAAAUAAGAAAUUGAAAAAAUUAACAACUAAAGAACUAGAGAAAGAAAAGAAAAGAAUAAAGAAAACUGGAGUUUGUUAUCUAUCAAAAAUUCCACCAUAUAUGAAACCUUCAAAACUAAGAUCAAUAUUGACAAGAUUUGGUAAAAUCGAUAGAUUAUUUUUAAAACCUGAAGAUUCAUCAGUUUAUCAUAAAAGAGUGAAAUAUGGAGGGAAUAAAAAGAAGAAAUUUACAGAAGGUUGGAUUGAAUUUGUAAAUAAAUAUGAUGCAAAAUUAUGUGCAUCAACAUUGAAUGGUUCAAAAUUGGGUGGGAAAAAGGGUUCUUAUUACUAUGAUGAUAUAAUUAAUAUAAAAUAUUUGAAAAAUUUCAAAUGGAUGGAUUUGACUCAACAAAUUUCGAAAGAAAAUGAAAUAAGAGAAUCCAAAUUAGCUUUAGAAAUUUCUCAACAAAAUAAAUAUAACAAAGCAUUCAUUAAUAAUGUUGAACAAGCGAAAUUAAUAAAAAAUAUUCAAAAGAAAAGAAAGAGUAAUGAUGAAAAAGAAGAAGGUCAUAAUAAUCAAGACGACAAUGAACUUCGGAGAAGUUUCAAGCAAAGAAAAGUUGAAUCGAAAAGGAGUGAAGCACCUGAAGAAAUUAAAACAAAAUCUACAUCAAAAAGUAAACUAUCUAGUGUUUUAUCAAAAGUUUUAUAA